AUGGCGACCCGACGCGACCUCGACGAGAUGGAGGCCGACGCGCUGCCGUCGGCGUUAGCCGCAAUGGCCGAGUGCGCCAAGUACACGAGCGGUCUCGCUGCGUUCUACGAAGCCUCGUUCGACGGCGCCAAGGCCGUCCACUCAAGCCAGACGAAGGAGGGCGUCGCCAGCCUCCAGGAAGCGCUGGCGCUUGUCACAUCCAACCUCACCAACCUGUCGUCCACGCUCACAGCCUACAUGGAUUGUCAGUGCGACGAGCUCGACCGUGUCCACGUCAAGGUCGACGUGCUCAAGCUUGUGAGAUGCGCCGCCUAUUCCGCCAUCGGACCCACGGACGCUUGGCCCGUGCCGAACCGAGACGCGAGCAACAUCAUCCUCCUCGCGUCAACAAGUGGCAGACGGUGCCGUUGA